GCCGGCUGGUUUGUCAUCCUUCUGGAAAUUUCUGUGGCCAGUGAACUCCCUCUUCCUCUCCCACUCACCCUCUUUUCCUUUCCACCACUGCGGGGACUUCUUCUAAUUCGCAGUUUUCCGUUUCCUGACGUACACAUGGUCGGCAGCGGAGCCGGCGGCUCGCAGGCUGCGUCUGCCUGGAGCUCGGCAGCGAGCCGAUGGAGAGCAGCGCUCCGGGAGAGUGAUUGUGCAGCAGUUAUUUAAGGAUAGGCUUUUGUGGUAUGGCAGCGUAUGAGCUGGAACAGGUUCUGCAGUGCACAGCCUCGGACGUGAGCCGCUGAGAGGAGCCUGCUUGUGCAGAGAUCGCCAAGGAACCCAGAGUUUCCCUCGCUUGCCUGCCAGACACAGCAUUCUGUCAUCUGCCUAACCAGGUCAAGCAGUGAAGGAACCAUGGCAGAUGAGAGGAAGGACGAAGCCAAGGGCCCGCACUGGGCUUCAGGCCAGCUGACAGAGGGCUCCCCACACCCGCACUCCCCCGAGCUGAAGGAGGCGGGCGGCGCGGGGGUCAGGAGCGCCAAUGGGUUCCCCUACCGCGGGGACGAAGAGCCGGGGCGCGAGCAGCCGGGGCCGUACGCGCGCACCAAGGAGAACGGCAUCAACGGAGAGCUGUCGGCGGGGGACAGGGAGACCGCAGAAGAAGUGUCUGCGAGGAUAGUACAAGUAGUAACAGCCGAAGCUGUAGCAGUCUUGAAAGGAGAACAGGAAAAAGAAACCCAGCACAAAGAGCAGCCUGCACCACUCCCUUUAGCAGUUGAAGAGUCAGCCAACCUGCCUCCUUCCCCGCCUCCGUCGCCAGCUUCCGAGCAGACCGGAGCUCUGGAGGAAGAAGAAGAACCGGUAAAGAGGCUGAUGGCUGUGGAAGCAAAGCCAGCCACUCCUCCUGGGAAGCAGCUGGGGAAAGAGCACGGGCCCAGUGAGCCUUUGGACUGGGCAAAGGGCCUCUGUGAGGGUCACUUGGAUUCUGGUUUGGAGGCCAAAGUGUGCGGUGAAGACAAAGUGCCCAGCAUGGCAGCCAGCAGGGAGAGUGUCACCGCUGUGGUGGCAUCACCCCUGGCAGCCCCGUCCCCUUCCUCAGCUGAGGAAGCCACGAAGAUGGAAUUCCGUGUCCAGGAGGGCACAGGCCCUUUCGCAGCAGAACCAUUGGACACAAAGCAGCGUGAGUCUGGCAAAGACAGUAAGACUGGUGAGCAACCUAAACAUGAUGCCUUAGUUCCACAGCCAGCAAAAACAGAGGCUCUAGAUAAAAAGGAUUCGCAGAGCAAAGACAAAGAAAAAAUGCCUUCGCCUCUGUCAGAGCAGUUCUUGGGAAGUGAUUGGGAAAAGAAAGGGGAAGCCAGAUUUGCAGAACCUGCUGCCAAGCCUCCUGCUUCCCAAGAGCAAAAGGAGUUGUCAUCUGAACUGCCUAAAGGGAGUAAAACAGAAGAAAGGACUGCAGAAGUGCCCUCAUCAUCAAACCAAGUUACAGUCAUGAAAUUUAAAGAUGACCUUAAAGACCUCCAAGGUCUGGCCAUCAGCCAUGGUGAAAGGUCUCUAUUGCUAUCAGAAUCCAAGGCAGAAGCAUACAGAAGUGAAUUUCCUUCAAGCCCAUCUCCUGCUGUCCCCCAGGACCUUCCACUCAAAGACACUUUCAAAACGAAACAGGAACCCCCUGACCAUCUGUUUGCCAAAGAUCUCACUAAAGAUGAACAGCUCCACAAAGGCAAGACGCUAGCUCUGCAAGACAUCUCAGCAGUAACUUUAGACAGCCUGAAAACUCCAAGCACCUCAAAAAUGCCUGCCUGGGGGGAGGAAAAGGACAUGACCAAGGAUGAGAGCGAUGAAGAAGAGAGGUAUGACUUCUAUGAUAAAGGGGAGGCUCGAAUACUAGAUGAUGGUAAAUAUACCACAAAAGCCGAAGUGCAGACACUUACCCUCGGCAAAACAGACAUUCAAAAGGGUAGCGAACCUAUAAAGUCACCUGAUGUCCUCAAAGCAGGGAAGGAAGUGGACCAAAGUGGGCUCCCAGAAACACUGGACAUUAAAAAGGAGGCCCAGCCAAGCACACAGGUGCCCCCAGCCAAGUUAAGCCAUGAACUGCCCCUUGAGAAAACAGCAGAGCGCCCUGAUACCACUCAGCCAGCCGGAACAGCAGAGAAAGCUCUGGAGGCGCUGAGCUUAACCACUGACAAGGCUUCUGCCAUAGAGGCUGCUCAAGAGAAGGAUGUUGCAAAGGAUGCCAAGCAGGAUCAGACAAGUGCCACAGCUCCUUACCAAGUGAAAGAAGAGGAGGAUCGGUCGGGAAUGUCAAAGUACUUUGAAACCUCUGCUCUGAAAGAGGAAGCCUCCAAGGCAGAGGCUCUGAAACAAGGCAGCGACUACUAUGAGCUAAGUGACACUAAAGACAGUGUCUACGAGCCCUACCGGACAAACCGCCUCAUUCCUGAAGACAAGGAGGAAGAGGAGGAAGAACUGCAGCAGGGGGUGUCUGCUCAUGAAAUGGGGUACAGUACCCUGGCUCAGAGCUUUGCAGCAGACACAUCUGAUGAACCAAGCUCCCCGACAGAAAGAAUGUUCACCAUUGACCCCAAAGUCUAUGGGGAUAAGAGAGAGCUCCACAGUAAAAAUAAAGAUGACCUGACCCUGAGCAGGAGCCUGGGCCUUGGGGGCAGAUCUGCAAUUGAGCAGAGAAGCAUGUCUAUCAACUUGCCUAUGUCCUGCCUGGACUCAAUAGCUCUAGGAUUUAGCUUUGGUCGAGCACAUGAUCUUUCUCCCCUCGCUUCAGAUAUUCUAACUAACACCAGUGGGAGUAUCGAUGAAGGUGAUGACUACUUGCCAGCAACUACACCAGCACUGGAGAAGGCUCCCUGCUUCCCUAUUGACAGUAGAGAGGAAGAUGAGCACACUGAAGAAGAAAAACCCACAGCAGGAGAAAAGGUCCAGCCCGAGCCCUCGGCUGAGUCGCCUUUCCUGGCCAAAGAUUAUUACAAAAAUGGAGGUGUUUUGGCUCCCGACCUGCCUGAAAUGUUGGACUUGGCAGGGACAAGAUCCAGAUUAGCCUCCGUGAGUGCAGAUGCUGAGGUGGCACAAAAGAAGUCGGUUCCUUCAGACAGCGCUGUGGAAGAGGGCAGCACAGCCCUGCCCCCUGUGACGGAUGAAAACCACGUAACUCUGAAGGCUGAAAGUCAGCUGGAAGACCUGGGCUACUGCGUUUUCAACAAGUACACAGUCCCCCUCCCUUCUCCAGUCCAGGACAGCGAGAACCUGAGCAGCGAAACCUGCCCGUUUUACGAAGGCACGGAUGAAAAACUGAGACGUGGCCUAGCUCCAGACCUCUCUUUAAUAGAAGUGAAGCUGGCCGCAGCUGAAAAGUCAAAAGAAUUCCUCAGCGAGAAAGACUUGGGUCAGCCUGCCACUGUGGAGUCCCUUCUGGCGAGGGACCUCGAGCAGGAGAAGAAGGAGAAGCUGCAUACAGUGCUAGAAAACAGCGAAGGCCUCGCUGGCUCCAGACAGGUCUUUCCCGUUAAAGGUGCAGAGACAGAGAAGACAAGGCCCGAGGCCAUCCUAGAACUGAGAGAGGAAAGCGUGGCCGCUAAAGUUCACAUAGCUGACGACACCAGGUAUGGCAGAAUACAAGCUUCAGAGCUAGCCGUGGGAAAGGAGGCUGCUGCUUUGCUGAUGGAGAAGGAGGAGAAGACUCUGAGUGUUGUUCCUGAAAUAGCAGAGGUAGAAGCUGUAGUUAAACCAGAUUACAAUGCUAUAAAGCACGAUAUGGAGGUGGCUGCAAGGAGAGCUGACCAGGAAUAUCAGAGUCAAUUAGAGGCUAAAAUCAGCGAGGCUGUUUCUCUCCCCCCAGGGAAGGACAAAGCCUCCGUUAAGAGAGCGGAGCCCGAACCCAAAGACACUCAGCAGACAGAUCAGACUGUCCUGCCCAGAGAAGCGAAGGAUGCAGAGAUGCUUUCCAAGACAGAGCUUGGCUACUCAAAAGACGGCACCAAACUGUCGGAAACAGAAAUUAAGGAGAAGGUAACUAAGCCUGACCUGGUACAUCAAGAAGCAGUCGAUAAAGAGGAGUCUUAUGAAUCUAGUGGGGAGCACGAUCAAGCCCAGGAAGGUUUGAAUGGAGAAUCUUUGAAACCAGAGGAUAUCAAAGCAGAACCUCCGAAACCUCCUGUAUCUGGGGAAGAGACGCUUGCAGAGCUAGCAGCAAAGGAGCCUUCUGUGGACCUCCUUCCAAAAGCUGAGCCUCUCCAGGAAGAGCCUGCUGAGAUUCAGAUGGAGAGCAUACCACAGCCUGCAGAAGGGAUUGAAAAGGUUCCUGAUAGAGCAGUGGAACCCGUGGAAAAGCUGCUGCCAUGCGAAGUGUCAGCUGGGACCACAAAAGGGGAAGAGCAUGAGGAAGAAGAGGAAGAAGCAGGGCAAGAAGAAAAAGAAGAGGUUAAGCAGCAUUUUAUACCAGAAAUGCCCCGAGAAAUAGACUUUGGGACAGCUACUGCUGAAGAAAUGCUAGCUAAAGGUAGCCCAGAAGCAGUGCCUGAGCUGAAAGGUGUGAUUGAAUCGGUGGUGACAGUGGAGGAUGACUUUAUCACAGUGGUACAGACCACAGUUGAUGAGGGCGAGUCUGCUUCUCACAGCGUGCGCUUUGCCACCACUCAGCAGGAAGACAUCGAAACUGGGGACUCCCAGGCCGAAGAGGAGCUGGAGCUUGAGGAAAUGGCUGACAUUCAAGCUGAGCCAAAGGAGGGCUCCCCGGAGGCUCCUGCUUCACCCCAGAGAGAAGAAAUCCUGCUCACCGACUACAAGACAGAGACGUGCGACGAUUACAAAGACGAAACAACAAUCGACGACUCCAUCAUGGACACAGACAGCCUCUGGGCUGAUACCCAAGAUGAUGAUAGGAGCAUCAUGACUGAGCAGUUAGAGACUGUUCCUAAAGAGGAGAAGGCAGAGAGAGAAUUGCGAAGACCAUCUCUCGAUAAGCAUAAAAAAGAAAAGCCUUUUAAAACUGGGAGAGGCAGGAUUUCUACUCCUGAAAGGAAAAUAGCUAAAAAGGAACCUAGCACCCUCUCCAGAGAUGAAGUGAGAAGGAAAAAAGCAGUGUAUAAGAAAGCUGAACUUGCUAAAAAAACUGAAGUUCAGGCCCACUCUCCCUCCAGGAAAAUCAUUUUAAAACCUGCUAUCAAAUAUACUAGACCAACUCAUCUCGCCUGUGUUAAACGGAAGCAGACAGUGGCCCAGGAAAUGACAACUUUCCCCUAUUUCUCUCCAAUACCGGAAGAAAGUUCCCAUGUCACUGCAGCAGGUGGUGAAACAAACCAGGCUCCUGGUGUAUUUAAACAAGCAAAGGAAAGACUCUCAGAUGGAGUGAGCAAGAGUCCUGAGAAGCGUUCCUCUCUCCCAAGGCCUUCCUCUAUCCUUCCCCCUCGGAGAGGGGUCUCAGGAGAGCGAGACAGGGAGGAGAACUCUCUGUCCCUCACAGCUUCUCUUUCCUCUUCAGUACGACGGACCACACGAUCAGAGCCAAUUCGUAGCAGAGCAGGGAAGAGUGGAACUUCUACCCCCACUACUCCUGGUUCCACUGCCAUCACUCCAGGGACACCACCGAGCUACGCCUCCCGUACCCCAGGCACUCCGGGGACCCCCAGCUACUCCAGAACCCCCCACACUCCUGGCACCCCAAAGUCUGCCAUACUGGUACCGACGGAGAAAAAGGUCGCCAUCAUCCGCACUCCUCCCAAGUCCCCAGCCACGCCCAAGCAGCUGAGAGUCAUCAACCAGCCUCUGCCUGACCUCAAGAAUGUCAGGUCCAAGAUUGGAUCAACAGAUAACAUCAAAUACCAGCCUAAAGGGGGGCAGGUUAGGAUUUUAAACAAGAAGAUCGAUUUUAGCGAUAUUCAGUCCCGGUGUGGUUCCAGAGAUAACAUCAAACACUCUGCAGGGGGAGGAAAUGUACAAAUUGUAACCAAGAAGAUCGACUUGAGCCAUGUCACUUCCAAGUGCGGCUCGCUCAAGAAUAUCCACCACAAGCCAGGAGGCGGGCGUGUGAAGAUCGAGAGUGUCAAACUGGACUUCAAAGAGAAAGCCCAGGCCAAGGUUGGGUCGCUGGAAAACGCUCACCACGUGCCUGGCGGGGGGAACGUCAAGAUCGACAGCCAGAAGCUGAACUUCAGAGAGCACGCCAAAGCCCGUGUGGAUCACGGGGCUGAGAUCAUCACGCAGUCACCGGGCAGGUCCAGUGUGGCUUCGCCACGCAGACUCAGCAACGUCUCCUCUUCUGGAAGCAUCAACCUGCUUGAAUCUCCCCAGCUUGCUACCCUGGCUGAAGAUGUCACAGCAGCCCUUGCUAAGCAGGGCUUAUGAAUGUGCUCAUUUUGCAUUGUAUGAAGUAAUAAUAUUUAGGCAUGAGCUCUUGGCAGGAAUGGGCUCAGAGCAGGUGUUACAUUCAUUCUUUACCAUGUCUAAAAGUAAGUCACCUCCCAAGACUUGUAGUUACCAUACAGUUUAGGGGAAAAAAAGGAAAAAAAAGAGAGAAAAAAAAAGUCAGAAUUUUCCCUAGAUGCAGCAAUUGGCCUGAUCUCCAUUUCCAACAGGAAGACACUGGCUUUAUAUGGGUAUCCAACUGCAGUAUUGGACAGUUCUUGUUGCUCUGCUCUGUCUUGCAUGGAGUACUGUACUAUGACAAAAUGCAUUUUUACCUUUCACGUGCCUGAAGGCCAUCCACCUCUUUCUCAAGAGCCUUGUUGAUAAUCCCAAGCUGCUCAUUUCACUGUUCCGUUGGUAAAUGGGGGAAACCAAACAACAACCACAAACAACAGCAACAACCAGAAAGAAAAAAACCACAAAGCAGAGUUGCCCGUUGGAAGUUAUCGCAGGUUAAAUUAAAGGUCUGCUCACCAGAAGGAAGGGCACAGAGAGAAAUUCAAGUUUAACUUAAAAAAAAAACAAAAAACAGAAAAGGUUAAAAAAAAAAAGUGUUCUUUUGUAUAAAUGAGUAGAACAAAAGUUAAGUUAUUAACAUGGUUUUGGGUUUGGUCGUUGGUUGUUUCUUUUUUUCAGACCUGGUUGAUUCUGUCAGUGUAUAGCUGGAAAAGCCAAUAAAUUAUUUAACUAAUAACUAAAACAAACAAACAAAAAAGAGUAGUUUGAAAACCAUUUGAACCAUGCUUGGGGAUGUGAGGUAAGAAAGCUGCCGAAAGCAAGCACUUGCUCCCCAACAGGCCUGUGUCCAAUUAGGCAGUUGGUCCUGCACCCCUUCCAUCUGUUUGAUACAGUAUUAUAGAUAUAUAUAUAUAUAUUUCUCUGUGGCCAUUUGUGAGAUGCCCUCCUCCUCCUCCUCCUCCUCCUCAUAUACUUGAAUAUUCUACUUCUUUAUUCACAGUAUCUGUGUCUCUUGCACCCUUUGGUGUUGCAAUUUUAGGUAUGUAAAAGUUGAUGUUAGCAGGGGGUUUGUUUGUUUGUUUGGGAGUUUUUUCCCUAUUCAUAAGAAUACAUUUAAGAGAUGAAAAUUCUCAGCAUGAAGUUGCUUUCUGUAACAACUACAAGCCGUGACCCUGUUUUAGUGCCAGAUGCAGUUCUCUUCUGUGAUGCUAGGAAAAGGAUUCCUUCCCUCCCUUUCUUCACAAAGUUAUGAGUUUUGUGGGGUCCAGAUGGUUUGGAAAAGGGUCUCCAAAGAUGGCUGAGUUUGGAUUCUGCUUUCUAAAAUAUCCACAGUACUUUGUUUCUGGCUGUUAGUUCUUUAUCUCUUUUUUCUUUCCUUUCCUUUUUUUUUUUCUUUUUGUUUGUUUGGUUGGUUUUUAGCAACAAUGAAUGUUAGAUUUUUUCAAUUUUUUUUUUUUCUUUUGCUAAAGUUGAAAGACAGAAAAACCAAAAAGGUAUGGAGAUGUUUCCACUCCUCUAGCGACAUCUCCUGUAGGCAGAGGCACCCCAGGUAGCAGCGAUAAAGACAACAGAGAUGCCUGUCAGCUACAGCCUGGGCUGCUGCAGUGAUUCCUCAAUAAAUAGGGCAUCUUAAAAGCUGAGGAAAGUGGGACUGACUGUACUAAGUCUAAAAAGAGAAAAGGCAGAGACAUCUAAACAGCUGAUCUAAGGGAGCUGCAGCACUGUCUCAUGGACACUAAGAGAACAUGGAAGGUGAUACUGUUGCGCUACUCAUCAGCGGGUGCUACUCCGCUGCUACUCCAUGUGUAGUAGACACUGUGAGCUGACCAGCUUGCAGUCUUGCAGAUUGUUUGAUCUUUUCCUUUUGAAAUCUCUUUGCACUGUCAGUUGAGCUACGCCUGAUAUGUGUCUUAGGUUACCAUUGUGUGGCGAAAGCUUUCGCUCUGUUUUGGAGUUGGUUUUGGUUUCUUCUUAAUUUGUAUGUGCACAUGUAUGUGUGUGUGUGUGUGUGUGUGUGUGUGUUGGGGUUUGAUCUGAAAAGACUCAAAGAGGAGAUUUCUCUGGCUGUGCAGAAGCAGUCUCAUAAUUGAUACCCCAGGAAUCCACAUUGUUGGAUUCUGGUAGUAAGUGCACAGUUAGCAGACAGUGAAUAUUCAGUGGCCCAGAGGGGGAUUUCAGCCAAGGUGUCGCAGCAAUGCAAAGACAACACAAAAUGGUUGCAUCUCCAAAAAGUUUCCUGAGAUGAACUCCUAACAGCCCACACGUGACAUUUCAGCUCUGCAGAAAGCUUUUUCACGCUAGAAAGUAGAUAACACCAUUUGUAAGUAGGUUGUUUUACCCAAAAGACAGUGAAUUUAGAACCAUGCUAAGUCCAUCUGGAGGAUCAUAAAAGCAUAGUUGGAAGGGACCCAUAGGGAUCAUUGAGUCCAACUCCCUGCUCCCUCGCAGGGUUUUAGGACUGUCUAAAACUAAACUCUAUGACUAUGAACAUCAUCCAGAUGCUGUCUGAGCUCUGACCACUUUUCCCAGGGAGCCUGUCCAGUGACUCAUCACCCUCUUAGCGAAGAACUUUCUUCCCAAUGCCCAAUCUGAACUUCCCGCAACGCAGCUUCAUCCCAUUUCCUAGUGUCCUACUGCUGGUCACCUCCCCCUCCAGUGCCCUCCUUGAGGAAGCUGUAGACUGCAAUGAGGGCACAGCCUUCUCCAAGCUGAUUUCUGCCUCGUAUUAUUUCUUAGAGUGACCCUAAGAACUCAUGUGGAAGCAGUAUGAAGUGAGGUGCAUUAAAGGUCUCUUCCCGUUUUCCCAGAAAGACAACAGACAGAAAGAAAAAAACCCACAGUUUUUAUGUCACAUUGCUCUGCUCAUCCCUAUCAAUUAAUAUGAAUUAGCCUUGCAGUGGUGGUUUUCUUGAAUGCCAGUGUGGGAGAGAGUCCAUGGUACUGCUGAACCCCAGCUUCCCUGAGGCUGAGUGCCAGCUGGUUGAGAGCAGUGUUAACCUGAGACUGAAGGCAGGAGGAGGGGGGGGUAUUUAUUCUGCUUUUAAAUUUCACAUACUCAAGUAAAUGAAGCUUAGUUAAUCCACCUACGAGUCCAAAGUUAGAGUGGUGUAACACACUCGAGUCAUUUAUUUCAUGCAUUAAAAAAAACAAGAGCUUUCUUGUCCUGAUUCAAGCAAAGACCUUCAUAAUCGUCAUCAUCCCUCCCUAGAAAGAAUCCUAGAACACUGUGGAGUUAGAUGGAAAGAAACCCAAGAGUUUUGUGCUGUUCAAUACAAUAAAUGAGUAAACACAUACCUAAAUAAACAAGUUACGUCCCAUGACUCUAGAUGUUCACUGAGAAAAGCUCAUAUUAACCCUGACUUCUCCAGAAGUUGGUUUUAAAAGCGAUGGGUUUGUAAAUAUGGAAUGCCCACCUGAAGGAGACAGAGCCAGCUUCCUGCAAACUGCAUCCGUUGUGUUUCUUUUCCACAGGCCUGUUGAGCCCACAGGUGUGUUGGGUGCCCGAGACCCAACUCCGUAACAAAGCAGAGAUAAUCCAGACAAAAGGAACAGUGAAACCUUGUUUGGGUUGCUAGGGGGAGAGCCCCAAGUGAAUAAUCCGUCGAGCUGUAGAGACGAAAGAAAAAGUGCUUCUGCCCCGUCUGCAGAGUUCCGCUGCUCUGUAACCACAAGCAGAAAGAAAUGAGCAAGCCUCUGUCCAGCAAAAGUAAAGGGAAAGCUAAUAGUGAUGAGGCAGAGCAUGUGCCCAGGAGGGCUGUGUCUACUUGCGCUGUGCAGCAGGAAAUGGUAUUCUCCAUUCAAAGCUCUGCUAAGGUACAGCAGUGACCUCAUCAUGACUGCUUACAAAUCUGAGCUUGCCUGCACUCACGCCCCAAAGGGCGUCCAAAGGCAGCCUGUGUGGACUGCCACACGUGAGCAGCAGGGUUCUUUUUCCUCUGUGCUGGACCUAAUACUGUUUGAAACUCAAGUACAAAUAUCCCUUCAAAGGCAAAGGCCUUGAAGAGUAGAGCACAUUCGCUAUGGAAAUCGACGCAGGUAGAGUUCUAGCCUAGGUGUGUGUGGAGUUCACUCGCUAGUCAGAUUGCUAAAGCAGCUCCCUCUGCAAGUCCAGCAAUUCCCACUGCAGGAAGGUAAAUUAGUUUCACGCUUGGAAAAGUCAAGCAUCUAAAAGCCACUUCAACUUUAGCAAAGAGAAAAAAGCCAACAGAUAAACAUGCUGUACGCUGGAUGUCAAGGAAUACAGUCUGCUGUUACAAACCUGUGUUAUUUUCUGGUAAUUCUAGAGCCUGUUACCAUAAAAGAGGCAUUUCUUGAAUGGCUGGUGGUAGGUAGUUCAUGUUUUUCAAUCCGAUUUGCAAUUGUAUUUGUUGCUGUAUAGUGAUUGUUUUGCAAAAUAAAAUCGCUUGUCAUCUAA